AUCUUUUCUUCCAGAGUCCAAAAAGACAAAUCUAGAUAAAGUUACAACUUUUUAUGCAAUGAGUACAAGUCACUGUAGCACACUUUUUCCUCUGAAAGCCACUCUCUCUCCCCCAUUACCGUCUGCUGCAAUAGAAUGAAAUUGACUCUCUCUCUCUCUCUCUCUCUCUCUCUCCUACAGUCGUUUGUCUCUAUUCUCACCUAAUUUCAAAGGUGAAAGCUUUCAUUAAAUCAAAUGCUUGAUAGAUUUCUUUCAAGUUGUUGACUAUUGUGGCUUGUGUUCUUCUCCAAAUGCUUGAAAUUCAUUUGGGUUUUUCUUUCUUUCUUUUUUUUUUAUAAAUAUUUGAAACAAAUUUAGAGGCAUUGCAGUUAGAUUGUCAGAUCUGGGGGUGUAAAUUUGUGGGUGAUGGUGAAGAAAGAAUUAUAAAAUUAUUGAAUUAUACGAUGAAUCGGAGUUUCCGGGGGCCGGAGAAAGAAAUGCCGGUGCCGGUGAAGCAACGGCAACAGAGUUACCGGAAUUUAGCAGCAAGAGAGAAAGAAGAGGAGCCUGGGUUGUUUUUAGAGAUGAGAAAACGAGAAAAAGAACUUCAUGAUCUUCUUCUUCAGAGCCCAGAAGGUGAAUUUGAUUCAUCACUUGGAUCAAGAACAGGAAAUUCUCCUAUAUUCGGUAUGCAAUCUGCAACAAGUGUUCGAAAAACCGGUGCUGAUGAAUUUCUCAACUCUGAAAAUGAUAAGAAUGAUUAUGAUUGGCUUUUGACUCCCCCUGGUACUCCUCUUUUUCCUUCACUGGAAAUGGGAUCACAGAAAACCGUCACGAACCAAAAUGGAACUCAUAAGGCUCAUCCGAGUGCAGCAAAAUCUAGAUUAUCAAAUACCCAACAAGAGUCUACCGGUAGGAGUAAUUUGGCAUCAAGACCACGAGCAGCAUCUCCCGCACCAGGUGCAGGACCCCAUAGACCAUCGUCCACAGGGGCUGCAGGUUCAGGCUCAGGUUCAGGUUCAGGUUCAAGGUCGUCUACUUUGACAAGCAGGCCAGCUUUAGGUACCCAAUCUAGAGCCGUAUCAAACCCGGUUACCAAAAACGUACCCGCUUCAACUACAACCGUUAGACCAAGAUCUUCCACACCCACACCCGCUUCACGCUCCGUCUUGUCUUCAUCUAAACCAACCGUCCCUGCUAGAUCUUCUACACCUACUAGGUCCACUGCAAGAUCUUCAACCCCAACGAGUAGACCGUCAUUAUCUACAACGAAACCCGCACCACGGACACCAACGCCACCACGAAGGUCACCCACAUUGUCAACCGUCACAAAGACAUCUACCUCCUCAAUCAAAUCUCCUUCCACUGUCGCAAAUUCAGCUAGUUCUCCGAGUGCAAGACCGAGACCAUGGAAACCACAAGAAAUGCCCGGUUACACCCUCGACGCACCGCCUAAUUUAAGAACCUCACUUAACGACAGGCCCAUUUCGUCCAUCAGGGGUCGGGCUGGUGCACCAAGCAGCCGCUCUUCGUCUAUAGAGCCCGUGCCCAGCGGAAGGGUAAGAAGGCAAUCGUGUUCACCUUCAAGGGGUCGGCUUCCUAAUCCUAAUGGUGUGACCCGCAAGAGUGGAAGCUCUGUACCAAUCCCAGCAUUGAUCCGUUCGUAUGCUAAAGCUAAUGAUAAUGUGAGCCCCGGGUUGUAUGGGACCAAAAUGGUGGAACGCGUCAUAAACAUGCGCAAAUUGGCCCCGCCAAAGCAAGAUGACAAACACUCACCAAACAGCAAUCUAUCCGGGAAAUCAUCGUCACCUGACAGCUCGGGUUUCGGAAGAUCACUUUCAAAGAAAUCACUAGAUAUGGCCAUGAGACAUAUGGACAUAAGGCGGACACUACCAGGUAAUUUAAAGCCAUUGAUGACGAAAAUACCCGCAUCGUCUAUGUACAGCGUGAGAUCGGGCCCCACACGAAACCGAAUGAUUAAUGUUUCGGAUUCCCCUAUUGCAACAAGCAGCAAUGCAAGCUCUGAAAUGAGUGUGAAUAAUAACAACAACCCACUUGAUGAACAUAUUGAUGAUGAGAGUAACAGUGAAAAGGGUGUUCAUUCUCCUGCUAACAUACGUGGCAGGUGAUCUUUAUCAUGUUCAUAAUCUUUUUACUUAUUAUCUGUAUGUGAAUGACAAAGCUAAAUUAAUGUUAUUAUUCUCUUGUUUUGUUACA